GGUAUUUUGUGAUUUGUGUUCAUUUCUUCUUAUUGGCAAUCUGUUUUUAUUUUCAUUAAAUUUAUUAAAAGUUCAUACAAUUUAAUUAGAACACUAUUACUAUUUAAUCGGCAAGACUUUAUAAAACGAAUCGCAAAUAAAAUGGAGGAUAUUUUCCAUUGGUGUCGCGAGGGAAAUUCGAUACAAGUUCGUCUAUGGCUGGACGAUGUGGAACAUGACAUGAAUUUAGGUGAUGACCACGGCUUCAGUCCAUUGCAUUGGUGUGCCAAGGAGGGCCACACAAAAUUGGUUGAGACCCUCUUGCAAAGAGGAGCUCGUGUCAAUGCCACAAAUAUGGGUGAUGAUAUCCCCCUACAUCUGGCAGCUGCCCAUGGCCAUCGUGAUGUUGUACAAAUGCUGUUGCGUGAACGUUCCGACGUCAAUGCCGUCAAUGAACAUGGCAACACCCCCCUUCACUAUGCCUGCUUUUGGGGUUACGAUAUGAUCUGUGAAGAUUUGGUAAAUUCUGGAGCCUCAGUAACAAUUGCCAAUAAAGAUGAUCACACGCCAUUGGAUAAAGCCAAGCCGGGACUAGCCAAACGUCUACAAGAUUUAGCCGAACGUAACGGUCAGGAAAUGAAGAAAAUCAGUUUCAAGGAACAAAACUGGAUGGGCUUUAAGACAAGAUCACGAGAUGCCACACUGUCACGAUUCAAAGGCAUUAGUAUGGGUGAUUUGGAUUUGCAUACAAAAGUGGCCGUAACACCAUCCGGCGAGACAUGGCGUGGUCGUUGGCAAAAGAAUGAUGUUAUUGCGAAAAUUCUAGCCAUACGCCAAUGUACCUCAAGAAUAUCGCGUGAUUUUAAUGAAGAAUUCCCAAAGUUGAGAAUUUUCUCACAUCCCAAUAUUUUGCCAAUUAUUGGAGCGUGUAACUCUCCACCAAAUUUGAUUGUCAUUAGCCAGUUUAUGCCUCGAGGUUCAUUGUUCCAUUUGCUACAUGGAGCCACCGGUGUAGUUGUGGAUACAUCACAAGCUGUCCACUUCGCCUUGGAUAUAGCCAGAGGUAUGGCCUAUCUACAUUCACUGGAAAGAAUUAUACCAACCUACAACUUAAACAGUCAUCAUGUUAUGAUCGAUGAAGAUUUAACGGCCCGCAUCAAUAUGGGCGAUGCCAAAUUCUCCUUCCAAGAAAGAGGACGUAUCUAUCAACCAGCCUGGAUGUCUCCCGAAGCUUUGCAGAAGAAACCAGCCGAUCGUAAUUGGGAGGCCAGUGAUAUGUGGAGUUUUGCAGUGCUGCUAUGGGAAUUGACCACCCGUGAAAUACCCUUUGCCGAAUGGUCACCCAUGGAGUGUGGCAUGAAAAUUGCCCUAGAAGGUUUGCGUGUGAAGAUACCACCCGGCACAUCGCCACACAUGUCGAAACUGAUAAACAUUUGUAUGAAUGAAGAUCCUGGCAAGCGGCCCAAAUUCGAUAUGGUGGUGCCGAUUUUGGAGAAAAUGAAACGUUGAUUUCAUUUCGGUCGAUAAAUGAUAUUUUAUAUUUGCCAAAUUAUUAUUUAUAUGCAUCUAUGUAUUUUUACAAAGCAUGUGUGUGUGUGUUUUUAUGCAAUAAUACCCAGAAAGGAACAAAUGUGCCUUAAAGCGGAUGUAGAAGAAGAAGAAACGAAUAUAUUUUGUAAUAAAUUAGGGAUUUUAUUUCUUUCUGUGUGUGUGUUUUCCAAAAACGGUGCUCGUUUUUAUUUUACUAACGAUUUGUUAAUCUAACAAAUUUCAAGAAUUUUUCUUACUCCCCUUUAACUCUUAACCAUGGAGCCGAAGUUGAUAAUUAAGCUUAAAAUAAAUGUAUUUUUUUGUAUUUAUAUUUUUUUUAAUGUUUAUUAAAAGAGUUUUAAUAUUUAAUAAUGAAGAAUCAACAACGCCAAUAUAUUAACUAUAUUUUUUAUAAUGAAUAAAGAAAAACAAAUAAAAAUAACCAAAACAAACAAUAAAAAA